AUGAACCGAGUUGAAAAGCAACGGCCUUCACGUCAGCGGCCGGUCUCUUGCCAGUUUUGUCGGUCGAGAAAGCUGCGGUGCAGUCGGCAAUUUCCAUGCGUCAACUGUACCAGCCGUGGCAUACCUUGCCAGCUCUACCCGUCGUCGCCGCUAGCCAACACCGACAAUAAUGUCACGCCAUUGGCAGAUAGCACUGACGAGGAUGUACACUCCCGGUUGCGCAGGCUGGAAGAAGUGGUGCUGGGAGCUACAUCGACGCCUGCUCCCUCUACCCAGGCUGUAUAUCAGCCUCCAUCACCAUCACCCGUUCCUCCGCCAUUUUCUCGCCCAGAGGGACCCACUUUUUCAUCGCAUCCAAAACGAUCAUCGACUGCAGACCAAGAUUGGCUGGAAGGAGAGAUCUCGUCUCCAUGUUCGGCGAAAUCACUAGUGUCAUACGGCAUCGAGUUUAGGACUUGCUCGAUUAAACAUGCUGUCUCCCUCAAUUUCUCCGACCGGAAUUUCGCCAUCAGAUGUAUUUGGCUUCCGCUGUACGAAGAAUCGAGGACGAUAGUCAAGAAGUAUCUAAAUGACAUUACGCAUCUCCAUCAUGUUGUCCAUGUCCCCUCGGUGUAUGAAAUGCUUGAUGCACUGUACCAGGACUUGCACCAAAGAUACCCUGUCAAGCUCGGGCAGGUGUCCUUGCUCUUGGGGAUUCUUGCCAGCACCACGUGGUUGUGGACAGAGCGCGACAUGGAAAAAGGAGUAUUCUCCUCUGUGGAAGACGCGAGCCGGCAAUCUCCUACUUGGAUGAAAACAGCGCUCGAGGUGCUGGAGUACUCUCGUCGCAUACGCUCGGACUCGAUCGAAGACGUCCAGACCAUGGUCAUUCUGUGUUUUGUGGUUUUUAAUAUCAUGGGAAUCACCUCACAAGCGCGAUAUCUGAUCAACAUGGGGAUUUCUGUGUCAUGGCAACUGUGCCUGCACCGCAUAGAUCACCCGCGCAACGAGGGAUUGGAUGUUCCUCCACCAGACUCGCUUCGAGCUGAAAUCGGCCGAAGGGUCUGGUGGUAUCUGGUGGGAACAGACUGGUAUGUCUUGCUCGUGAAUACAUUGUGUCCGGCUGGAAAGCGUCGAAGACUAAGCUGUGCCAGGCAACUCUCGCAAUUUGCGGGCCCGCAAACCGGGACGUAUACGGCGAACCCUCGCCAAAUCGCGACAAACAGACCACGUAAUGCCAACGAUCAAGACCUCCACAGAGUUCCCUGGGUCAAUCAACCGGUCACACAGCCGACAGAUAUGUCGUACAGCAUUCAGCGAGUUCGGUGGGGAGAGAUCUGUCGUGAAAUCACCGACAGUGUCCCGUUUGUCGAAUUUGGCUCCGAUGCCUUUAGCUAUCCACACUUGCGAGAGAUCGAUGCCCGAAUCUGCAAAUUUGCAAACGAGAUGCCGGCCUUUUUUUCCCUGAACUAUAACACGAGCGAUCUCUCGGAGACAGAUCCUCGAAAUUCACCCGGAAUUAUCAUUCAACGAUACAUCAUUCACUCUUUAAUUCAUACUCAGAGAUGCAGGUUGCAUCUUCCGUUUCUUUCGCGGGCCUCUACGGAGCCUGCGUACGAUUAUUCGAGACAGGCAUGUCUGGAGGCAGCCCGCAUGGUUAUUUUCACCGAGCGACAAAUGGCCAAGGAGUCAUUCCCGUUUGCUGAGUCGCGAUUGAAAUUCUCCGGCAUUUUACACUGCGUGGGCAUGGCCAUCAACAUCCUUCUCAUGGAGCUCUGUCUCAACAAGGGUUCUCAGCCAGACGAGGAUCGACAGCGCCGACAAGAAGUGUUUGCUGCAUUCGGCAUCUUGGACGAUGCCAAGCAACAAUCGCCAUUUGCAGGACAGUUGUUAGACUCCUUCAAGUCUGUCUUCUAUCGGUAUACAGCUGCCCACGACCCCACCGAGGGUGGCACGGCGUACCACACUGCAUCAAGCCAACGACCCUUUGCCAACCUGGAUCAUCAUUAUACUACGCCUGCGACCCUCGACCCGACCUAUACCGGCCCCGAGCGUUCUGCGGCUGAUCCCACUCUCGCCUCUCUUGAUGAUCUCUGGCAGAAAUUCGAUGCCGCUGUGGACCCGGCCACCGUUGACUGGAACCUGUUCUUUGCCGGGUUGGAUGCUCCAUUCCUGUCGAUGUGA